AUGACAACAACAGUAGCCAAUGAAUAUAAAUUAGUCGUAAUGGGUGGUGGUGGUGUAGGUAAAUCAGCCUUGACUAUACAGUUUAUUCAAAAUCAUUUUAUUGAAGAGUACGAUCCAACCAUCGAAGACAGUUAUCGUCGACAGUGUCAGGUUGACGAUGAUACAUGUUUAUUAGAUAUUUUAGAUACAGCUGGACAAGAUGAUUACUCAGCUAUGCGUGAUCAAUAUAUGAGGACCGGUCAAGGUUUUCUUUGUGUAUACGAUGUAACAUCGAGAACAUCAUUUGAAGAGAUUAAUGUAGUAAGAGAUCAAAUUAUUAGAGUUAAGGACAACGAGAGAGUUCCAAUCGUUUUGGUUGGUAACAAAUGCGAUCUUGAAAAUCAGAGAGAGGUGACAGCGGGUGAAGGUGAAGAGUUGGCCAAGAGUUUCGGAUGUCCAUUCUUGGAGACCUCUGCCAAGAAGCGUCAAAACGUCGACGAAUGUUUCUUUGAUGUAGUAAGAGAGAUCAAGAAAUCACUCAAAGAACCAGGAAGAAACAAAAAAGAAAAGAAAUCUAUUAAGGGUGCCAUUUCAAAGCUUAAAGGUGAUUGUACUAUUCUAUAA